CCCCGCCUCGGAGCGGGCGGCGGUGGAGGAGGAGACUGAGGAGCAGGAUGGCGGCCUCGGCCCUGUACGCCUGCACCAAGUGUACCCAGCGCUAUCCAUUCGAGGAGCUCUCCCAGGGCCAGCAACUCUGCAAGGAAUGUCGGAUUGCGCAUCCUAUUGUAAAAUGUACUUAUUGCAGAUCAGAAUUUCAACAAGAAAGCAAAACUAAUACAAUUUGUAAGAAGUGUGCUCAAAAUGUGAAGCAAUUUGGCACACCUAAGCCUUGUCAGUACUGUAAUAUAAUUGCAGCAUUUAUUGGUACGAAGUGUCAGCGUUGCACAAAUUCAGAAAAAAAAUAUGGACCACCUCAGACCUGUGAACAGUGCAAACAACAAUGUGCUUUUGAUCGAAAGGAGGAAGGAAGAAGAAAGGUUGAUGGAAAGUUAUUAUGCUGGCUCUGUACUUUAUCAUACAAAAGAGUCUUACAGAAGACAAAAGAACAAAGGAAGAGCCUAGGAUCUUCGCAUUCAAAUUCAUCAUCUUCAUCUCUUCCGGAGAAAGACCAGCAUCAUUCAAAGCAUCAUCACCACCAUCACCAUCACCAUCACCAUCGUCACAGCAGUAGCCAUCACAAAAUCAGCAAUCUGAGUCCAGAACAAGAGCAGGGACUGUGGAAACAGAGCCAUAAAUCCUCCGCAGCAAUUCAGAAUGAAACUCCAAAGAAAAAGCCCAAAUUGGAAUCUAAGCCAUCUAAUGGAGAUAGUAGCUCUAUAAAUCAGUCAGCAGAUAGUGGGGGAACAGACAAUUUUGUCCUUAUAAGUCAACUGAAAGAAGAAGUGAUGUCACUUAAACGUCUCUUACAGCAGAGAGACCAGACCAUUUUAGAAAAAGAUAAAAAGUUAACUGAACUAAAGGCAGACUUUCAGUACCAAGAGUCAAACUUGAGAACAAAGAUGAACAGUAUGGAAAAAGCUCACAAAGAAACUGUGGAACAACUUCAGGCCAAAAACAGAGAACUACUCAAACAGGUUGCAGCAUUGUCAAAGGGUAAAAAGUUUGACAAAAGUGGAAGCAUACUAACAUCCCCUUGAAAAAGUCAUUGAUUUAGUGUUUCUGCUGAAAUGUAAAUUUGAAAGAAAUUCAGUGAAGCCCUUAAAUUCUGUGUAGUGGAAAAAUAUUUUUGCACACCAAAUGAAUUGGCGUGUUUCCUAUUCACUUUUGUAACUGAUAUACAACAUUUUUUAAGUUGUAAAACAUUCAAAUAAAACUUCAACUGGUUUGAAGUAACUUUUUAAUUAUUUGAUAUCCAGGAACUUUUCUGCCAGCAAUAGUAUUAAACGGUUGUAAAGGAGCGCAUGAGUAGUUCUUUUUAUAAAAUGCAACAUGCAAUAAUAGAGUAGGUAUGGUUUUAAAUCAGAGCAGCAGGGUUUUUGUUUUGAUUAUUGUUUUACACCAUGCUAAUUUCAGAUAAACAGUUUUCAAUUUAGAAAUACAAAAUCUUUUAAACAAGGACAAUUGUGAACACUGGUUUUUGGUAAUGUUUUCAUUUUGCAUCAACAUCAAUUUAGGAGAGAA